AUGUGUCUAGAGAAAUCGCAAUUACACACGCAAAGACGAAUGAGAAAAGAAAUUUCAGAUUUAAUUCCGUCCACAUCCUAUGAAAAUUUUGAUGAUGAAAAAACUGGUCAUUCUUCGCACAAUCGACAAUUUUCAAGAGAAGCAGCCGGAAUAAUGAUUGUGUCAUCUGCACGUAAUCCUAAAAUGUGGAUCAUAGGAAUAUUGGAUUUUCGAACUACUUUAAGUACUCUUUCAACGGGUAUUAAUGGUUUAACUCAAGUCAUGAAUGAACAAAACCAAAAUGAAUUUGUAACCUCUAUACAACGUAUUAGUAAUGAACAUGGAAUUAAAAUACAACGUAUUGAAGAUACACUAAUGACCGCAACAACCGUAUUGGAAAAUUUGUCAACAACAAAUUCUGUACUUCAAACUAAUAUGAAUAGUCUAUUACCCUAUAUUCAGAAUCGUAGAGACACUAUUAUUAACAUUUCAAAUACAACAAAUCAUUCUCCACGUGCUAUUACCACCGCAAAUCCUAUACUUACCGCAAAAAUUCAUGAUAAAAUGCGUUAUUUUAAUGGAUUUGAUGAUUUCGAACCUCCACUACUUAAUAAUAAUUAUGUAUAUGACUUUGAGCUUGGUCCUAAAAAUCGAAAAAAUAAAAGAAUUACUCAAAAUUACGUCGAACUGUUUAUUAAAGAAUUUGACGUCCAAUUCGAAGAAACACAAACUAAUGAGAAAUGGAAUGAAAAUACAAUUACCGAAAUCACUGAAGCCUAUUUUAAAACCUUGAAAAAGGAACGAAACACCACCCUAGCUGCAAAGCUUUUAAAUGAUCAACGUGCACCUGCUUUAAACAAAAUUCCUGAAAAUCAACUAAACCAUCCUAAAAGCGAAAUCAAAAAGCUAUUUUCUUUUGAAGCAACUUCACCCGAAGUAUCUGACGCUGAAGAGAUGCCGAUAGCUAUUCCAUUUGGAGAACAAGAUCAUAUAUCUGAAUUAUCUAGAAAGAAAUUACUGGUACCAUUUCUUCCUUGGAUAAGCGACGAGGGAAUUCGUAUUCGCAAUAUUGCAGAUGAAGAAAUCAAACGAACUCGAAUAGAAAA